UGUGCAAGACGAUGCAAGAUAUUCUGCUGCGUGUGUUUGUGGUGGCUCUGGGUCUCCUCGCAUAUCCGAGGGAUAAGCCCAGGGUUGAGGAAUGGGAUGAUAUCCCCACAGUGAGCAUGCAGAAGCAUGAAGACAGACUGCUGAGAGGAGGGGAGAAACUGGACCACGAAAUGGCAGCUGUCAGCGAGGAAAUGACACAUAGUGAGAAUGGAGGGCCUCGGGAUAACAUUCAGACUGAUCAAAAUGUUACCGAAAAAGAUAAAAUGUCGGUCUUUGAAGAUAUUUCUGUCAAAAAAGAUUCAGAGGAAGUCGCUGCUGAUCACAACUCACAUUUUAUAGCAAAUGUGGAUCCAAGUCAACCUGAGACUGCUCUGAAAACUUCACAAGUUCACCAUGAGCAAAAUAGAAAUAUACAGCUGGGAGAAAAAACUAAACAGGGAGAGGACCUCCAGACUGAUGACUCUUUCACAGACCAACGCAGACCCCAAGAGCAACAAGAAAAGCCUGAAGUGUUCAGCUCCAAAGAACAAGAAUCACCUCCUCCGUCACACCUUCACACCAUGACAUCAGAAAAUGAAACUUCAGAGGAGGCCAUCGCUGACUGGGAGCGGGAUUACCUCUGGUACAUAUGGAACACACUCUCCAUCAUUUCCAUGAUUCGCUUCUUGAAGAAAUGCCUAGGGAGAAAUUCCCAAGUAGAAAGCAAGCCCUUCCCAGUGACCUGCACCGCUGCUGAAGUGCCGCUACCGGACAACGACACUCUGCUGCGAUUUCAUUCUAAAUGUAUUCAAGUCUCGUCCGAUACGAGUUGCAAGGAGUUUUUGGAGGGGUUUGCAAAGGAUCUAUUGGAGGCCAUGAGGACCGUGUGCGAUAGAAAUGGCGGUCUGGUGAUUGAAGACUUUCAGAUAGUGGACGCGUGCAAUAUCAUCGUCCCUUUCACCCCACCUGAUCCCUAUAGUUUCAAGUGUCUGCUCUGGAACAAUCAGGCAAAUGACCUGCUGCCAGAUAUGCAAGCAUGCGGUCAAAUCAAACUGGUGGAAGAUAAGACAAUCCAAAAUGGCUGCCUCUGUCAGUCUUUUAAUUCAGAUGAUAUGGUGUGCUUGCUGCAUUGCGAGACUGGGAAAGUAAAGACAAAAAUGACUGAUGGCCUUCUUUGCGUGAAGAACUCCACCUUCCUGUCAAAUUCGCAGGUCACCAGGUGGUUUCAGAGCACCAUCAAACAAGCAUGGGAACAGAUUUCACACAUGUACGAGUUUGCGCUGAACAUUCGCUACAUUGGUGCGCCGGGUGCUCUGGUAGUUCGCUUCAGAUCAGGGAAGAAGAUUAGCUUCAGUAUGAAUCCUGUGGUUAAAGUCACUGAUGCUCAUUUCUUCAUUACUCCUUGCUCCACAGACCGCUUGGAUACUUUCUGGACGCUCUCCUUGACCAGCUAUGAGGACCGUUUCUUAGAACACAUCUCAAAACAGCUGCCUGUAAACUCAUGCCACAGUCAAACUCUGGAAAUUGCACAUUUCCUCCACAAGAAACAGGCAGCACUGUCAGGAAGUAGUGCUCUCAAGGAUUGCCAUUUUAAAACUGCACUAAUGCAUCUGCUUUUGACCAAAGACCCAUCGCAGUGGAAACCCAACUUUGUGGCUUGUAGACUACGAGACUUAAUGGCCUUCAUGGAGAGAAGCCUCGAGAGAAAGCUCCUGCAACAUGUGCUUAUUGGAAACCCUUUAAGUCAGAGAGUUAUUGAACUUCCUGAUGAAGUUACUAAUGCAAAGCCUGUGAAUCUCUUCCAUCCCCUUGUGGUACACAACUGCAUCUACAGAAAUGCUGUGACACACUUCCAGGAAAUGCUUAGCAAUACACACAUGUUGAUACAUGACUAUGUUGACAAGUGUAUUGUAAUGGGUUAAUAUAAGUUUUAAAAUGCAUAGUUUAAAGCUUUGAGGAAUGAGUUGUGCCAUUUCUUCAUGAAUAGACUAUAGAAACAUCCAGUGAGAGAAUUUGUUUAUUUAAAAUUCUGAUAGUUUCCACACACUUUUAGUAAUUAUGGUCCCAGUUAUUUAGGAAGUCUUUAUGCUCUUCCAUGCUGGGGUCCUCCAAAGUGAAUGUGUCGGCAUCCGAGAAUGUCAUCCGUGGUUGAAGCUGCUCAUAUUUGCCCUUGCUCACGUCGACCUUCCAAGACUGAGUGGAAAUGACACGACCAGAAGCUGUUGAGAAAAACAUUACAACUUUUAAAGUGCGUAAAAGUACUCAUUUUACAGGUUAAGCUUGCCUCAAUGCUUAGUGCCAAGCACUGGAUUUGAGGUACUUAUGAGACAGCAAAAUGACUUGACACUCAAGUUAAGGAUUUUUCCAUGCAUAAACACAAAAGUUGAAACCUACCCUUUGAAGAUGCUGGGACACAGGGUGACUCACAUGUGCACACAGAGUCAUCACCGUACAGCUCCUUCCACCUACACAAACAGUUAUCAGGUCUUGAAAUGCUAAGCUUAAUGAGAACACAAUACAAGUUCUGUACAAAACAAAAAGUACACAAAACAUUUAUCCCACAAGACCAAAAGAAAGCUACUGCCGCCUGUGGAAGUUUCACUUUAGCCAGGAGUCAAACUCACUUAUUGGAACCUGCAUCAUAGUUGCAAGCCUUUGAAGUCAGAGUCGGAGUUAGUGUCCCAACAGAGAGCUCACAGUGCAUGUAGAGUUGCUGAAAGACAUAAACUUCAGCGUUAACAUACAUUUUCCCAUUUAAGAAUAAAGCCCCGUACUGCUUGUGACCCAUGUACCUGUGUUGAAGACUUAGUGGAAAGCUGGUCCUUGAAGAUCAGAGCGGCUACAGAGAAUCUCUGGACCACCUUUGAGGUACUAGCGAGGAACUUUGACUCGCUAGAAAUCUUGGAAUCAACCAUGCAGCUGCAAUUAGAGAGAACAUUCAUGUUUUACCGUCAAGCGAGUGACAUGCCCAUCUCGUUUGAUAAAUAAGAUGGCUCUUACCCGUGGUUGUCAAUGACUACAUGUUUUGAGGUGGAUUGAGAAUCUUUGGUAGCUGUCAUGAAGCACUUGUUGACGUAGAGCCUCACAUCUCCAGUUCUUCCGAAUCCCUUGGCCGCAAAGUACAUCGGUUGGCCCAAGGUGUAGGUUUUGACACCAGUGAUGGGUUUUCCUGAGUCUGAAAAAGUGAUUAUCAGUCACUGACCGUUUGAUACUUACAGAAUUAAGUGGGGCAGCGGCACACGUUUGCUUUUGAGAGAUUAGCAUAAAACAAAUUAAAGAAAGUGAAAAAUGUUUGAUGCCUGAACUCUUGAUGUCUGAAUACAUAGUGAUGAAUUCCUGUGAACACUUUCAGUACAUGCUAUAGCAUUUUUUUUUUUUAUUACUACACCUUCAAAUGUUUAUGACUGCAGACCUUGCCAUGUGGCAGCAACAGUAGUUAAUAAAAUCAUAUGAAUUAAA